AUGUUCUCCUCCCCAUCCCAGGGAAUACGCAGCACCACACUCCCCCUCCUUCCCCUGCUCAUCCUCCUCCUCCUCCUACCAGCAACAAUCACCCCCAACCCCAUAACCAGCACCACAAAACCAAAAAUCGACCGCGAAUCCCUCAUCCGACACUUCAACCCCAUCCUACACGCCUCGCAACCCUCCCACAGCCCCGUCCAAGUCGGCAACGGCAACUUCGCCUUCGGCGCCGACAUCACGGGUCUGCAGACCUUCGUGCCGCACAACACGCUCUCGUCGUGGGGGUGGCACAAUUCGUUGCUGCCGACCACGACGGGGGCGACGAAUGGGACGUCCUCCUCGUCGCCGGCAGACUUCACGGGCACGGAGUGGUGGACGCACGGGCGGUUGGUCAAGUACGACAUACCGAGCCGGGAGCAGGCGGAGUUGGGCGAGUGGUUGAGGGCGAAUCCGCAUCGGAUUCAUCUGGGGAGGAUUGGGCUGUGGUUUGGACCAGCAAGAAAUGUUAGUAGUGAAGAGGAAUUGGAGGGGAAGACGCAGGUUGUCGAGUUGUACGAGGGCAUCAUUAAGUCGUCGUUUGAAAUGGAUGGGGUGCAGGUGCAGGUGGAGACGGUGGCGGCGCCGGAUGAGGAUACGUUGGGGGUGAGGAUUCGAUCGAGUCUGGUGGGGCGGGGGGAGUUGGGCGUGUUUUUCGAGUAUCCGUAUGCGGAUGGGAGGAGCAAGUUUGAGGCGCCGUUUGUAGGGGUUUGGGAGGCGGAGGCGGUGGGGAGGCAUAGGACGAGGUUGGAGGAGUUGAGGAGGGGGAAGGGGAGGAAGAAGAAGGGUGCGAGGAUAAGGCAUGAUUUGGAUGCUACGACGUACUUCACGGAAAUCUCCUGGGAGGAGGGAGAAGUCGGUAUCCGUCGUGUGAGCAAUUUGUCGCACCGGUACAUUCUCUCUGCUCCAGCAAGAGAACCCUCCUCCUCAUCGCCCAACACGCUCACCUUCACAGCAACAUUCACCCCAAAAGACCUCAACAACAUAUCCACUCCCACCACACCAACCUCCUCCUUCAAAACCAUCAAACACCGCGUCCGCAAAUGGUGGUCCAACUACUGGACCACAGGCGCCUUCCUCUCCCUCCCCAUCUCCACCUCCCCAGCGGCCUACGAACUCCAACGCCGCAUCCUCCUCUCCCAAUACCUCCUCGCCAUCAACUGCGCCGCCCACGACUACCCGCCUCAAGAAUCCGGCCUGGUCAACAACGGCUGGUACGGCAAAUUCCACCUCGAAAUGGUCUUCUGGCACCUCGCGCACUGGACCGUGUGGGACAAGUGGUCGCUCGCGCGCCGCAGCCUCCCCGGCGUGUAUACGCGUUUCCUACCCUCGAGUUUCGCGCGUGCCGCGAAGCAGGGCUACGAGGGUGCGAGGCUGGGCAAAAUGAGUGAUCCUACGGGUCGCUCGGCGCCGGGGGAGAUUAACAGUUUGCUCAUCUGGCAGCAGGGGCAUCCGCUGUGGUUCGCCGAGAUGGAGUACCGGCGAUACCCGACGGGGGUCACGCUGCGGAAGUGGGAUGCUGUGAUAACGGGUGUGGCGGAUUUCAUGGCCGACUAUGCGUUUUGGAAUUCCUCGACGCGUGUGUAUGAUUUGGGUCCCCCCAUGUAUCCCGUCAGCGAGAACACGGAUCCGAAUGCCACGGUGAAUGCGGCGUUUGAGCUUGCGUAUUGGCGGUUUGGAUUGGGCGUGGCGGUGCGUUGGCGGGAGAGGUUGGGGAGGAGGGUGCCGUGGAAGUGGCGACUUGUGAGGGAGAAUCUGGCGCGGUUGCCUGUCGAGAAGGAUGGGGAGGAUGGUAAUGAUGAGGAGGUGUAUGUCUUGUAUGAGGGCGUGAGGGAUAUGUGGACUACGCCGUCGUUGACGGAAGAUCAUCCGGCGCUGUUGGCUAUCAAUGGUGUGUUGAGGCCGGAUUCCGAGUCUGGGUACUUCAAUGCGUCCGUCUUCGCGAAUACGGUGGAGAAAGUGUAUGCUACGUGGAACUUUACGCAUAGCUAUGGCUGGGAUUUUCCCCUGUUGGCUAUGACGGCCGCCAGGAUGGGCGAGAGGAAGAAGGCUGUUGAGUGGUUGUUGCAUGACGAGUUCAGGUUCGAUGAGGUGGGCAUGCCGGUCGGAGGCACGAGGGUGCCUACACCCUAUUUCCCGGCGAGCUCGGGCUUGUUGCUGGCGGUAGGGAUGAUGGCUGGCGGUUGGGAUGGAGACGAAGAAGAGGAGGAGAGUGAACGGAUGAAGACUCCUGGAUUUCCCGAGGAUUGGGAUGUUGUUGCUGAAGGGUUUCAGAGGUAUAUUUGA